UUCUUCUUCCUCACCCAUUUACCCUCAAAAGCUCCCACUCUUCUUAUUCUUCCAUUCAUGUCUUCUUUCGUAAUGUAUGGAACUUUACUGGAUCUGUUUCUUUUGUUUAUCGUCCUUCAGGUUGGAUCUAACAAUGGAUCCAAAAUCGAACAAACUCUUGAUCUCCAAAACCCAAAUUUCUUCAACCCAAAACUCCCUCCGAGGACACUGUCUUCGAACAAGAAAUUUGAAGGUUCUUCAGACCUUGUAAACCUUCGUUACCAUAUGGGUCCAGUUCUUUCUUCUCCGAUCAACAUUUACCUCAUUUGGUACGGGAAAUGGGCACCGUCGCAGCAACUCCUCAUUAAGGACUUCCUUCUUUCCGUUUCCACUUUCAAUCAUCGCGCUGCGCCUUCACCUUCAGUUGCUGAGUGGUGGAGCACCGUUUCCUUAUACACCGAUCAAACCGGAGCUAACAUUUCUCGAUCUGUACUCAUCGCCGGAGAAUACUCCGAUCGUAAAUACUCCCAAGGUACCCACCUCAACCGUCUCUCAAUUCAAGACGUCAUUGCCGAAGCUGUUAAAUCAAAACCCUUUACAGUCGACCACAAGAAAGGAAUCUACCUAGUCUUAACUUCCGUCGACGUAACGAUGCAGGAUUUCUGCCGCGCUGUCUGUGGGUUUCACUACUUCACCUUCGCAUCAAAAGUAGGUUACACACUUCCCUACGCUUGGGUUGGGAAUUCCGGUAAGCAAUGCCCUGAAGUCUGUGCAUAUCCAUUUGCUGUUCCGGGAUACAUGGGAGGAAAUGGACCUGGUGCAUUGAAAUCCCCAAACGGUGAUAUUGGAGUAGACGGGAUGAUAAGCGUUAUAGGUCACGAACUAGCUGAGCUAUCGUCAAAUCCAUUAGUAAACGCUUGGUAUGCAGGGGAGGACCCAGUUGCUCCGACGGAAAUCGGUGAUUUAUGUGAGGGGCUGUACGGUACAGGGGGCGGUGGAGGGUAUAUGGGGCAGGUAAUGAAGGACAGAGAUGGCCGGACUUACAACUUGAAUGGAAGAAGAGGAAGAAAGUUUUUGGUGCAAUGGAUCUGGAGCCCAAUUCUCAAAGCUUGUGCUGGUCCCAAUGCGAUGGACUAAUGAAUAAUGGAGACUCAUAUCUGUAGAUUAUUAGCUUAAAAAAGCUCCAAAUAAAGCGAAAAUGGAGAUUGCACAGCACAGAAACAGAGUAAAAUCUCAUUAUACAAUUUUUCUGUCUGUGCGGUGCAAGAAAUGGAGAAGAUGGUUCAGAGCGGUUUGCCCACUGGUUUUUGGCCUUUUGGGAGUUGCUAUUACUCUAUUUUU